UGGACUUCUUGAUAUGUUCACUCUCUUAUCCGCAAAAAAAAAAAAAACAUAGCCGGGAAAGAAGGCGUAUCGACAUGAGCAGGCUUGCUGUAUUACCCAUUCAAAGCCCCUGCUCCUCUUCCACUGCCUCUAUUUGCCAUUGGGCUCCGCGUUUAAGGAGGAAGGCGCAUUUGAGAAGAAAGGCGACAGUAUUCUGCUCUGCUGAUGAAGUGGAUUUUAAGGUGCUCACUUCUGUCACAAGUAGUUAUAAUAACAUAGUUAUCCUCGACACUCCCGACUCACGUGUGCUGCUUCUCGACUCUUCCAAUAAUGUGCAUAGCAUUCUUCACAAGGGAAAGAAGUGGACUGAUGCAUAUUGGGAUGAGUUUGCCACCUUGCCGGCCAUUGUUCCAAGGGGUCCAAUUGCAAUUUUUGGCUUGGGGGGCGCAACUGCUGCACAUUUGAUGCUUGAACUAUGGCCUUCUUUGCAGCUUGUUGGAUGGGAGAUAGAUGAAAUUUUGAUUGAAAAAGCAAGAGAAUAUCUUGGGCUUUCUGAUCUGGAGAAACAUAAUGAAGGUGGUGGUGUAUUGGAAGUUCAUAUUGGAGAUGUAUUUUCUCCAUCUGUUACUAUUCCUGGAGGUUAUGCAGGUAUAAUAGUUGAUUUGUUUUCUGAUGGAAAGGUUUUGCCCCAACUGCAAGAGGUAUGCUCAAGUGCACAAUUUUGA